UGUUCCCUCUCUGGGAAGGAUUAAUUGAUGGCAGAAGAUCUCAGUGGGUUCCAAAAAUGAGAAUCAUGGUACAGAAGCAAGGGGCAACCAAAUGUGGACUAGCAGAAGUUCUGCUACUGUUGGCUGUCUUGUUGAUAGGAAGAGGGACUUGUACUUAUCAUUAUGGAUAUAAUCCUUGUGAAGAGGAAGAAGCACUCAGCAGAGGCAAUCCAGUGAUUCGUUCCAAGCAAGUAUGUGGGCGACCCACUGCCCUCAACAGGAAUGUGGGGGGUGAAGACUCUGUGGCAGGCGAAUGGCCGUGGCAGGUCAGCUUGAUGAAGAUGGGCAAGCAUGUCUGUGGGGGGGCCCUGAUCUCCAAUGACUGGAUUGUAACAGCAGCACACUGUUUUCAACAGAACAGCAGUCCAUCUCAAUUCAACGUGUUGUUGGGAGCCAACAAACUGGAGAACUCCUGGCCUCACAAGCUCUCUAUUGGGGUUGGAGAAAUCUUCCGAAACCCCCGGUAUGCAGGAGAAGCCACGAGUGGAGACAUCGCCUUGGUGCGGUUGGCCCAGCCAGUCAGGUUCACUGACUACAUCAUACCAAUAUGCCUGCCUGCAGCCAAUGUGCACUUUCCCCCAGGCAUGAAAUGCUGGGUCACGGGCUGGGGAGAUAUCAGUGAAGGACAAGAUCUACCAGCUCCAAAGAAGCUCCAAAAACUCCAGGUGCCCAUAAUAGACACCCAGACCUGCAGGAGACUGUACAGCAUUGACACAGGCGAUAAUAUGCCCCCCAAAUCCAUCCAGGACGACAUGAUGUGUGCUGGGUAUGCUGAGGGCAUGAGAGACACAUGCAAGGGUGAUUCCGGUGGCCCAUUGAUGUGCAGGAUGAACAAAGUGUGGCUCUUGGCUGGAAUUGUGAGCUGGGGGGAAGGUUGUGCUGAGAGGAACCGCCCCGGUGUGUACAUCCGCCUGACUUCCUACCAGGGGUGGAUUCGUUGGCAUAUCCCAGAUAUGGAGUUCAUCCAGCCUAGUCAGGGUCACAUCAAGGUCAAGAACAUAGGCGCUGGUAGAACCGAUGGGAUGGGACCGACUUUCUUUGUCACUGCUCUUCUGCUGGCAGUGUGGACCCUUAAUCGGAUCUUGGCAUAGGAUCCGAGGAAAGAAGAAGCCACAGGUGGACAUACGGUGUGGGGUUCUCCAUCUUCUCACCUUCUUCCCAUUUCCCAGUCAUUUCUUGGUUCCUCAGCCCAGAAUUCUUGUGUUGGGCCCUCCUUUACCUAGAGAAUGUGUUUGCAGAAGGUGAUACGAACACAGUGGACAUAAAUAGUUUGGCAGUGAUAAUGUCUUCGUGCCUACUCCUUGUCAGGUGUACCAGGGCACAUUUUCUUUGACCAGUCUACUAAUUUUCUGUUUCUCUCAUCCAGUGUUCCAUCUAGUCUAGCAUUUUAACACAGUGGCCAGCCAGUUGCCUAGGUGACC